CAUCCAGCCCUGAAGAUCAUGUACCUCGGCCAUGACUACACAUAUAUGCUGGCACAAGAGGAAGCGGGACACACCAUUCAACGUUAACUGUUCGAGGCCCUUAUUGAGUCCAGUAUGCACAUGUUCCAGCUGCUCAGAAAAAAGUUAGAUCUUCAUUAUAUUGAAGAGUCAGCGUGUAACAGUCGGUGUGGUCAAUAGACAAGGUGUUAGUGCAUUUUGACAGGUUGUCUCUCUUGAUGAACGCAGCAACUUGCUGUCGGGGGUCGGGGUGAAGGUGAGAGAAGGAAUGACAGCGCAUGAAAGACCUGGCGACAAGACCACGGAGAUACGGUACUGCAUCGUGCUGAACAGGAACCUGCCACGGGACAUCAGGGUGCUGGCCUGGGCGCCUAUAGACCCAGACUUCAGUGCGAGGUUCAGCAGCAGGAGAAGAACGUACAAGUAUUUCUUCCCCAAAGGAGACCUUAAUAUACUGCUCAUGGAAGAAGCCGGCAAAAAUUGAUUGGCGAAUAUGACUUCCGCAACUUCUGCAAGUUCAAUGUUAAAGAUGGCAUAACAAACUAUGUUCGUUAAAUCAUGGAGGUUGAAGUCAAGACUCUAGAUGAGACUGACAAUGAAUUCACAAUGUGCGAACUCACGAUUGUCGGGAGAGCGUUCCUGUGGCAUCAGAUUCAUCUUCUCUGUGCUGUUCCUUGUGGGCAAAGGGAGGGAAUCAGUUGAAGUGGUAGAUGAACUUUUGAGCAUUGAGAAAAAUCCGCGUAAGCCACAAUAUAACAUGUCAUCUGAUGCGCCCUUGUGCUUGUAUGACGCGGACUUUGGAGGAGAAUUUGAGUGGAUUUAUGAAGCUGACUGUGACAUUGCGCCCUGGUGUGAUCUGAGUCCCCCUUUACUGAUGCAGUCUGAAUGGCUCGUAGAAGACAGGAAUCCUAAAGUGCUGAUGGAGAGACAGGGAGGCUUGACCCUUGACGAGAUGAUAGCAUCACACGAGUCUAGAAAACAGCGAUGGAGAGAAAAUGCUGAAAUUGAAGCGCAGGACGAUAGCAGUGAAGAGGAAAUGACGUCACAGAAACGUCAACGGCUUGAAAUUGAUAAGCCUAGCCACAUAGAUGAUAAGCCAUUUGGAACAUUAGAUAAACCCAAGUCUGGAGAGAAUAAGGAUCCUCACAUAAUUUAUGGAGAAAACAAUAAAGAAGAUGAUGACACUGUAAGGGACAUUGAUGGAGAAACUACAAGUAUGAAGGCUGAUAAAGAUAUUUGCGAUUCUAAAACCUCUCUUAAAGAUAAUGGGGAGGAAAACUUGGAGACAUCAGAGAAUGGUAUGAAAGGAGGAGAGAAAGUGGGAAGAAGUACACAAGAAGAGAUUGGGGAAAGCUCAGUUAUAAGUCAAACUGGGGAAUGAGUCAUUUCCUUUGAUAAUUGUCAUGAGAAAUUCUCAGUCCAAUGAUUAAUUUGAAAAAUAAGACGUUAAUCAGGAUUUUGUUGUAGAAUACAUUGAAAUUUAUUUGCAAGGAUUAUUACUAUUGAGAAUUUUGAAACAUGGAUAUAAUGGAAUCACGUUGAAAUACAAACUAAUUGAGAAAAGUUAUUUCAUUUUUAAAUUUAUUGUACAUCAGGUUACGAUACUGAUCAAUUUGACAGAGAAUAUCUCACGACAAACACAGAGGUUAAUAAUGACACAUAUUACUUGAUGACUUAUACUGCAAUAAGACAUGGACUCAAGCUGCUCAAGGUAAAGGAAAGGCAAAGUGUUAGAGAAGAACCUGGAUGAAGACUUUUACCAGUUGUAUGGUAGAAGGGUGAUAUUUGGUGAUCAUUACUCCAAUGUCAAGGCAAGUUGUUAGAAUUAGAGAGGAGAGCGUAGUGGAGAAGGUCAAGGUUAAUGGUGUUUAUGACACUGAGGUCAAUGUAUAGAGAAAGGGACAUUGAAAAGGUCAUGGCCUUAGAUGAAAAACAAGGUCAAUGUUGUUCAUCCCUCUAAGGUCAAGGUCUGUUAUUCAAGUCAGAGUGGAGAGAAGGUCAUGGCUUCAGAGAAGAAAAAAACAAGAUCAAUGGUUUUCAUUACGCUUAAGGUCAAGGCCAGAAUUUCAUGUUAGAGAGGAGAGAAUAGUUGAAAAGGUCAAGGCUGUGGAAAAAAGAAACCAAACAAACAAGGUUUUUAUCAGUGUAGUUGUAUAUUAUGGGUGCUAUAUGUUUGAGGUUCAUUACCCUAUGUGUGUACGGUCAAGGCUAGUAGUUUGCAUUUAACCAUGUGAGCCACUGUAGUUGGACCAAAAUCAAAUGAAUUGAACUGAUAUUCAUCAUUAAUCUGUCACAUAGAAUUGAGUUAAGCAUGUUUACCUUGUUUUCUUGUACUCUAGAUAUAUAGAGUUAUUGAGCGUAUGUCAGGCUUUUUUGUGUUUGUGGUAAUUUUGACCACAAUUUUGGUUAAGUGCUUUCUGUGUGUAUUGGUUGCUGUUGAUUGCCUUAUUUUAGAGAAGCACUUUUUUUCAGAUUUGUUAGUUCUGGUCAAUUUUACAAGGCCAUUAUUUAAUUUAUUCGAAAAGCACUGAUAAAUUGUUUUAUAUUCGUGGUCUGCUGUUGCAUGAAAACUAAAUCCUCCCAAAAUGCAACAUCAUUGAGGGUUGCUUGCAGAAAAAGAAAUAAAUGCGUUUGGUCUGCUGGAACUUACAAAAGCCGUGCUGGAGGUCUUCAAUAUGUUUUUUUAUCAUGAUCAUGAACUUUGUAAUUUAUUUUUUUGAAAUAUAUGUAAAAUUUGUGUUUUACACAUCGUCUUCUGUUUAUUGGUUUGUUAACUAAAUUUAUAUUUUAUGGUAUGUUGCCAUGGUAAUGGGACCAUUGUUUACAUUGUAUACUUCCAUUGUUGUUGAAAAAUCAUUAGAAUAUAUGAAUAUUUAUAUUUAUACUCCUGCAAACAAAGUUUGAAGUCUGCAUAGGUUUGGUCUGUUGGGCGGAUAGUCAGUUGGCAAAAUGCUGUAGAGCGAUAUUCUCCAACAAUUUAAGAGAUAAUACUCUGAAACUAUGUACUCAUUCCCACCUUGAUGGGUAAUAUUGCCUGAAGUAUUUAUAUUGAACUGUGGCCACCACGUCUUACAUGUACGGUAACAUGCCCUAGAGUAGGAUUUUUACACUUUUGGCUACUUGAAUAUUGAGGUUUGUGGAGCGAACAACUCCCACAGUUUUAGAGGGUUUUCUCUGGCUCAAAUUUCUGGAAACUUCAUAAGUCCCUUUAAACAGAAUUAAGCUAAGCUGACUAUUUGUUGUUUUUCAAUAAUUUGCGAAAUAUUUUCUUGUUAAAAGUUUUUUAUACUUUAGACAGGAAUUAUCUUUAUGAUAGCACGGACCCGUAAUAGGUACGUGAUGAUAAUAUUAAUGUUCAAAACAUAAACUUAUGUGCCACCCCUGUCAAAGAUAUAGACCUAUACCAUGUUUGAGAGUUACAUUAACUCCCAUAUUGGAAUGGUAACAGUAGGCGGGGCUAAACAGUUCAUUAUCUAAUACAUGUACAUGGAUCAAUAACAAUGAUAUUCACUUAUGUAGUAUCUUAGUUAUUGAAUGUUGCCUUGACAACAUGGUACCCACUUACCUCUUAUUUUGAGUAC